AUGGGGCUCACUGGUGGGCCUGUCGCGACCCUCCUCCUCCUCCUCCUGUUCCUCCAGAUUUGCUGGCUGCGACGCGCAGCCUCUGAGCCUUGCCAGGCGGGCUUCGGGGAGGCUGAAGUGACCUUGGAAGCGGAAGGCGCGGAACCGAAGCCCGGGCAGGCGAUGGAGAAAGGUGUUGCAGGCUGCCCUGGGCAGGAGUUAGCCCCACUCAGCACUGGAAACAACUUCACUGGGAAGAAUGGUGGCACAAUUCAGGUAAAGCACUCUUUGCAGGAAAGGAAGGCCUCGAAGCUCUCAGCAUCCAAGCGCAUCUUAAAAAGACGCAAGAGAGAGUGGGUGGUCCCGCCCAUCUCUGUCUCUGAGAACGGCAAGGGUCCUUACCCCCAGAGGCUGAAUCAGCUCAAGUCUAAUAAGGACAGAGGUACCCGGAUUUUCUACAGCAUCACAGGACCUGGGGCAGACAGCCCCCCUGAAGGCGUCUUCACCAUAGAGAAGGAGACGGGCUGGCUGCUGCUGAACAAGCCCCUGGACCGCGAGAAGGUUGCCAAGUACGAGCUCUUUGGCCAUGCUGUGUCAGAGAAUGGAGCCUCAGUGGAGGAGCCCAUGAACAUCUCCAUCAUUGUGACCGACCAGAAUGACCACAAGCCCAAGUUCACUCUGGACGUCUUCCGAGGGAGUGUCUUGGAGGGUGUUUUGCCUGGUACUUCUGUAAUGCAGGUGACAGCCACCGACGAGGACGAUGCCAUCAACACCUACAAUGGGGUGGUCGCAUACUCCAUUCACAGCCAAGAGCCCAAGGAACCUCACGACCUCAUGUUCACUGUCCACCGCAGCACAGGCACCAUCAGUGUCAUCUCCAGCGGCCUGGACCGAGAGAAAGUCCCCGAGUACACACUGACCAUCCAGGCCACGGACAUGGACGGGGACGGCUCCACCACCACAGCAGUGGCUAUAGUGGAGAUUCUCGAUGCCAACGACAAUGCCCCUGUGUUCGACCCCCAGAAGUACGAGGCCCGGGUGCCGGAGAACGCCGUGGGUCACGAGGUACAGAGGCUCACAGUGACUGAUCUGGAUGUACCCAACUCAACGGCCUGGCGCGCUGCCUACCGCAUCGUGGGAGGUGAUGAUGGGGGCCAUUUCACCAUCACCACCCGUCCUGAGAGCAACCAGGGCAUCUUGACAACCAGGAAGGGCUUGGAUUUCGAGGCCAAAACCCAGCAUACCUUGUACGUGGAAGUGACCAACGAGGUGCCCUUUGUGGUGAAGCUUCCAACUGCCACGGCCACUGUGGUGGUCCACGUAGAGGACGUGAACGAGGCCCCCGUGUUUGUCCCACCUUCCAAAGUAGUUGAUGUCCAGGAGGGCAUCUCUGUCGGGGAGACAGUGUGUGUCUACACUGCACGGGACCCUGACACAAAGAACCAGAGGAUCAGCUACCACAUCCUGAGUGACCCAGCAGGGUGGCUAACAGUGGACCCGGACAGUGGGCAGGUCACAGCCGCCGGCAUCUUAGACCGUGAGGACGAGCGGUUCGUGAGGAACAAUGUCUAUGAAGUCAUGGUCUUGGCCACAGACAAUGGGAGUCCUCCCACCACCGGCACUGGGACCCUCCUGCUAACACUCAGCGACGUCAACGACCAUGGCCCCAUCCCUGAGCCCCGUAAGAUCACCAUCUGCAAUCAAAGCCCAGUGCCCCAAGUACUGAACAUCACGGACAAGGACUUGUCUCCCAACUCGUCCCCUUUCCAGGCCCGGCUCACCCAUGACUCAGACAUCUACUGGACGGCAGAAGUCCAUGAGAAAGGAGACACAGUGGCCUUAUCCCUGAAGAAAUUCCUGAAGCAAGACAUGUAUGACGUGUUCCUUUCUUUGUCUGACCAUGGCGACAAGGAGCAGCUGACGGUGAUCAGGGCCACUGUGUGCAACUGUCACGGCCACGUGGAUACGUGCCCUGAUCCCUGGAAGGGGGGAUUCGUCCUCCCCAUCCUGGGGGCUGCACUAGCUCUGCUGCUCCUCCUCUUGGUGCUGCUGUUGCUGGUGAGAAAGAAGCGGAAGGUCAAGGAACCCCUCCUGCUUCCAGAGGAUGACACACGUGACAACGUCUUCUACUACGGUGAAGAGGGUGGUGGCGAAGAGGACCAGGACUACGACAUCACCCAGCUGCACCGGGGCCUGGAGGCCAGGCCCGAAGUAGUCUUGCGCAAUGACGUGGCCCCCACCUUCAUGCCCACCCCCAUGUACCGCCCUCGGCCAGCCAACCCAGAUGAGAUCGGCAACUUCAUCGUGGAGAACCUGAAGGCAGCCAACACGGACCCCACUGCGCCACCCUAUGACUCCUUGCUCGUGUUUGACUACGAGGGCAGUGGUUCAGACGCCGCCUCCCUGAGCUCCCUCACCUCCUCAGCCUCAGACCAGGACCAGGACUACGACUACCUCAGCGAGUGGGGCAACCGCUUCAAGAAGCUGGCUGACAUGUACGGCGGCGGCGAGGACGACUAGGCCUCUGGCCAUCCUGCCCGGCUGGCCGGGAACUAAACAUAG